CUUCUUGUGAUUGGUUCUUACAAAUUUUUGCUUCUAAACGUCAUACGCAAGGGGGCGCUCGGAGCUCGUACCAUCAUGGCUCCUACCACGUCAACUGCAGCGGACAGCGACAUCCGCGACACGCUCCAAGCAGCGCUGGAUAUGUUUAAAACACCAUGCACGUCAGAAUCGCCUCUUGUGAACCGGCAGCAACUACGGGACCUUGCGGAGAAGCAAAAGCAGGCGGCGGCGAAAGCGGCGCUCCUCGCCUCCUCCUCCCCCUCCCCUGCUCCCGCCGAGCUGGCUGCCGUACGCGCCUCCCUGGUGCAGGCGGCCGCGGCGCUGCUGGGCGGCUGCUGGCGGGGGAGCGGGGGCGCGGGCCCCUCCCUGGGCGACAG